CCCCCCCCUGCGCACACACUGCAACACCGCAGCGACGUGCCCCUCUGAUACGCGUUUCAGCUCUCGCCCUCCUCUCAGCUGCACCCACGCGUUAACGUCCUAUCUCGAGCACUGCACUUUGCGCGUCGCGUCAAAGACAACAACAACGUAUCCCCGGUCUUCGCGAUCUUUCAGGCCACUCCGCUUAUUUGGAAGGGCAGUGACCAGUUGUGAACACUUCACCUUCCCCUCUUGCACUCUCGUUAGGACAGCCCGUGCUUCCUCCGCAUGCCUGCCCCUCCUUCGCACCACUCGUCGUCAAACAGCGCCUCGGCAUCUCCUCCAGAGAGCCCCAGUCUCCAGACCCCAGGCCAGCUGUCGCCGAGACUCCAUCCCAUGACCGACAUCAGCUCUGCCCCUUUGGGGCACAAGAGCUCCAAUUCCAUCGGACUCGACUUCUCCAGCAGCGAUAACGCUCCCUCGACUGUCGAUUUGUCAGAUGACCUUCCUUCCCGUCCGGCCUUUGCCCCUCACCUGCACUCCACUCACACGGACUCGUUUACGGCGUACACAAGUUCAGCUCAGCCCACAACCACCACCCAGCACCGCGGCCAUCUACCACGAGUCCAGACGGAACGAGGACUGAUUCCUGGGACACCCCCAACGCCAGGAUCUGAAGUGUCCACACCACACGGGAGGAGAGACUCGCCCGCCUACAGCGACUCGCCGUACACGGACGGUUUCCCCCUUUCAGGCGCCAACGGCGUCCACGCGUACUCUGCCCGGGAUGAACCCCCCGCUCCUACAGGCUUUAUCGGCUCAACGCCAUACUGGCUCGGGAUGUACUUCUUCUUCAACCUUGGACUCACCCUUUUCAACAAGGUGGUCCUGGUCUCCUUCCCCUUUGCAUACACUCUAACUGGACUCCACGCACUGUCCGGGUGCGCUGGUUGCUAUAUUGCCCUUGAACGUGGCGCCUUCACGCCUGCGCGAUUGACCCAAAAAGAGAACCUCAUCCUUGGCGCGUUCUCCGUGCUGUAUACGAUCAACAUUGCUGUCAGCAACAUCUCCUUGCAACUGGUGACUGUGCCUUUCCACCAAGUGGUGCGCGCAGCAACGCCGCUGUUCACGAUCUUCAUCACCGCUGUCCUUUUGCGUCAGAAGAUCAGCAUGAUGAAGAUCGUCAGCCUGUUGCCCGUUGUUGCCGGAGUCGGGUUUGCUACCUACGGUGACUACUACUUUACAGCAUGGGGCCUUAUCCUCACACUGCUCGGCACGUUCCUUGCCGCGUUGAAGACUGUGGUCACCAAUCUCAUUCAGACGGGUGGAGGCGGUCGCCUCAAGCUGCAUCCACUCGACCUCCUCAUGCGCAUGUCGCCGCUUGCGUUCGUCCAGUGUGUUUUCUACAGCUGGUACACGGGCGAGCUCGAACGUGUGCGCCGUUAUGGCGCAACGCAGAUGACGCGCGGAAAGGCAGUCGCGCUGCUUAUCAACGGCAUCAUCGCGUGCGGCCUCAACAUUGUCUCCUUCACCGCCAACAAGAAGGCCGGCGCACUCACCAUGACUGUCUCAGCCAACUGCAAGCAGGUCUUGACAAUCGCCCUUGCAGUUGUGCUAUUUAACCUGCACAUCUCCAUCACGAACGGCAUCGGCAUUUGCCUUACUCUGAGCGGCGGCGCGUGGUACGCUUACGUCGAGUUCAAGGAGAAGCAGAAGCGGCAAAAGACGACCGUCAAGCUUUCCGAGAAGGCUUAAGAGCGCCAUACGUAGAUCCGUGUUGGCCAACACCUCGCAUCACUGUCAUCUAGUCAUCCUAUCAUCACACUACAUCAGCCCACAUCAGCCCAGUGCUGCUCAUGUCUGUUCUCGAUCUCAAUGCAUAUUGCCAUUCGCACAAUUGGCGUACGGGGUUGAUAAGGGGGUGGUGAUGUUAAUGAUUCAGUCGGGCAUG